UGGCAUGCUGUCUGAGGCAGGUGGACCGUACAGGGAAACUCCUGCCCCCAGUGUGUGAGGAGCUGAGUGUUCGUGACGCUGGGGUUAGGCUGAUGACCUCCCUGUGCCUCUGUCCUGGAACGGCCCCCAAAGACACACAGCUGUUCCUGUACUUCAGUGUGGGGACAGCACCCUCCUCUGGCUUGGAGGGGGAAAUCAUUGUAGAGCGGUCCAACACAGUUAAACAGUGUCUCAAGAAAAUGUUGGAGUCAGCAAGACUUGAAGGGGACGGUUGGCAUCUAAGGAGGCUGGACUGGUGUGAGGAGGUGGGAGAGGCUUUGAUGGACGAGGAGGCGUCUCUCUCGGAGCUGAAGAUGAGUCACGGAGACGCUCUGGUGAUUACUGAGGGACGACUUCCUCCCAAGGGUUUUCUGAAGCUGUCAGUCUGGCUGUAUGUGGAGCCGAGUGCCUACCCCGUUGUCUCCAUGGAGACAGAGGUCAACGGCAUGGCCGCGGUGUCCACGGAGGGUCAGAGGUUGGAUGUCAUGACUGCAGUGGGAGCUGAGGUGGAGCUGAGGACUGUGGGACAGGUGGAGCUCUCAGAGGAGGCUACACUGGAAGAGCUGAAGACUCAGGUGCUGACCCUGCCGGCGCUGCAGUAUGUAUGUGUGCCCACUCCUGCGUUUCUGCGUGUGUGGCAGCUGGAGGGACAGAGACUAACCCGUAUCCUCAGAGGACAACAACACACACUCAGGAAGUUGAAGUUGAGCAGUGGGGUGGAGUUUUGUGUGCAGCAGCUACUGAGAGAAGAGGAUCUUGGUCCUAAGGAGGUGUUGCUGCGUGUCCAGAUGGGGGUGCCAGGGGAGAGGGGUUACUACCCUCCAGAGGAACUGGUCUGGGAUGCUUCUCGAGACCCUUCCCCCAGAUCGCUACGCUCUGCCCUGGCCUCAACAUACGGCCUCUCUCCUGACUCCCUGCUACUGGCCAAGCACCAGCCACACACACACACCUGGGAGACUUUCUCCAACUGGAGCCAGCAGGUGUCCAAACGUAAGAAGAAGAAAAAGGCAGAGUCUCUGCUUGGAGCGCCUUUCCACCUUAAAGACGGUGACAUCAUCGGUGUCAAGAACCUGUUGAUUGACAAUAACCGGGACUUUAGCACCCAACAGGAUGAGCAGAGGUUAAGGGAAGAGAAGGAGCAACGCAGGAAAGGAGGGCAGGGUGCGGGGGCUGAAGUUGAGACCAACCGAGGGGUGGGACCAGAGAAGAAGAUGGAGCCAAUCAAAGCCAGAAAGCCAGAGGUGGCCCUGUCAAUCAACGUGGGGGUGUUCAGAUAGCCUCGCCUUACACACACACAAACAAACACAUACAGUACACAUGCGCACAUACAGACUUUCUCACCGUGGCAUCGCUCAACAUAAUGAAAAAUCUUCUGGACAUCUGUUUAUACGCCAAACAUUUUUGAUAAUGUGUUCACACAGCAUGACCCCUCCAUACAUCUGCUAUCUACUGCUUGUGUAGGUCUGGUGGUGGGAUGACUUACUGGUUCGCUAUACAGACCUCUGUUUAUUCAAUGUUACAAGCUGCAGUCUCUGACUGUCAAUACCUCUGGAUCCCUUCUCCCCUCUACAUGAGAUCCAAUAGGAACCAGUAUUUCUACAUGAGAUCCAAUAGGAACCAGUAUUUCCACUCAUAGUACUGGGUGUAUUACAUAUAUAUUGGUAUGUAUUUACAGUAUCUGCUGACUAGUUUGCAAUGGUACACACCACAGAGGUAUAGAUAUGUACCAGUAGAUUAUAGAUAAUAUAUACACCUAUAUUUCUAAUAAGAGUUAGUGGGUUUAUAUCCAUGUCUUAACAUGGACGAGCCACAAUUCAGCUCAGUCCGGAAUAGUCCCCCCUACCUCAUUUCUCUACCUCUGUUGCGCCCUCUCUCGCUCUACCUUUCUUUCCCUCCUAACUUCAUCUUCGCUUAGUGGUCUCACCCUCUCGCCAUUUUCCUUACAUGGGAAAGAGUCCAAGUGUUUUCUCUGUAUCCCAUCAUGCCUCUGUACCAGAGUUGAUCACAUUAAUCGUACGAUAAUUAUGUUUGUUUCAUGUGCAUGCGGUGGGUGUGUGUGGACGGACUUCAGGGAGUUAAAAUAAUGAAUGGAUCAUUUGACUAAUAUGUCAUACAUAACUUUUAGAAAUGACGGUUCGACAAUGAAUACGAGCGACUUUGUUUUGGAUUAUGAGAUUAUUUGAUUUCUUAACUAAUCUGAUGUUUUUAAUUUUGCAUUUGCUGUAAGAAUAACUUAGUUAGUUUUGAGUACUGUAUGACUUCUAUUUGUGGUGUGGGUCAGUGCCAAGAAGCAAGGUUUGACAGAUGUGUUUUGGAUUAAAUACAGAAUAAAACGGAUCAAGAUGCAU